UGCAUUCAAACUAAGCAACUAACUUCGGUCUUCACUCAUUUUUCCUGACAGUGACACCCGGUGUUGUGUUUGUUCCACUGGCUUCGCAUCGUUGCAGCUGAGAACGGGAGAGACCUUGUUUGAUUGAUCGCGAGCGCUGGAAAAGAAGUACUGUGACGGCUGCUGCACCAUCCUGAUCAUCUACAGCAAUCAUGUCGGAUAGCGACGUUGAGCCUCCCUCGCCAGAUCCAGACGUUGACGACGACGAGGACAACGAGCAUGACGACGAGGGAGACGCAGGGGACCUUGUGGAGUUCCCCCUGACCAAGAAACUGGCUGCAAAGGGAUUGUCCGUUCUGGCAAAGACAGGUGAUGGACUGGAACAUGCCUUUGUCCGUCUACAGAUGGUAGAUAAACAAAUCACCGACAUCAGCAUAAUCUCCUGCUAUGCCUGCUAUGUCCACAUUCGCUACUUGGAUUUAUCGGAGAACUGCCUCAAGGACCUCACGCCGAUCCAUGCGCUCAACUUUCUUCUGACGUUGAAGGCAGACAAUAACCUGCUCACAACCGCCAAGCUAGAUGAGCUACCAUUCCUUCGAGUGAUGAGCUUGGCGAACAACAGGAUAGAGACUACAGAAGGAAUUAGUCACCCGCAACUACAUGCUCUGAAUUUGAAUCACAAUCAAGUCAGUGAAGUGAGCGGUCUGGCUGGUAACAAUCCAUUGCUCGAUACCAUAGAACUGCGUGCCAAUCAACUGACGUCACUCAAGGGACUGACCGACUUGCCUUGUCUACGUAAACUAUGCCUUGCGGAGAACUCCUUGACAACUCUGGAAGGGCUGGACGAGCUCACCACACUGCAAUGGGUGCAUGUGCGUGACAACAAGCUGGUCAGUCUGGAUGGAAUGACGUCGAACUUAGCGGUACUGCAGUAUCUCAAUCUGAGGGGUAACGUGACUCUGGUCAAGACGGAGGAGAUCAGCAAGUUGCAGAAUCUGCACAUGUUGCGGGCAUUGGUGCUGAAAGGUUGUGGUGUUGAGGAAAUCGAAGACUAUCGCAUAGAGGUGCUCAGCUACGCACGGCGACUAGAGAGACUUGACAAGGAUCCGUUCACGGAUGAUGAGCGGCAGGAAGCCGAGGAGAAACAAGCGGAGCGGAAGGCUAUGGCUGCUGAUGCCCUGGGCGCAACGGAGACUGAAGAAUAAAGGAGAAUAGUGAUCGUUGCACUCGUAAGAUCAGCCAAGGUCCGUUCAAUCGGGAACAAAGUUGUGAGAUAUGUGUCUGUAGCACAACCACAGCGGAGGCCCAAGUAUUUUCCAUGGGCUAGCCAUCGAGCAGAAGUGUCCUUGCCGUGAUGGUAGAAUGCCAUUGCAAGUUCAAGGUGACUAGUCUCCUUUAGCCCAAGAGUGGAGUCCUGUCUAUACUGAUCUUAUGCCUGCUGGGAGAACUGCUGUGACAACGGUCCAGACAAGGAUACUAUAACACGAUCACUCAUGCUUCCACAGUGGAACAAGCUGAUUCAGUAUAAAUAACUGUGUGUGCGUGUUGUACUGCUCUGCCACACAAGCACUGUUCCUGCAGUGACCAACUCAUUCUACUUUUUUUGUAACUUACAAGCCUAGAUAGCCGACUGCAGUGUUGUGAUGCCCAUGAGCUAGCACCGAACUAUCUGCAUAACCUUGGCAUUAUGACUUUAUGAUUGGUGCCUUUGUAGCUAGCUGCCUCUGCCGUCUGCUCAGGAAUUUGAUUCAAGCUGCUCAACAUUUUUGAACUGAUCUCUCGCAGAAUUGAUAUAAUUAUUCUAUACCGUAUUAUGUUUUGAAAUCAUUAUUGACAAAGUCAUUGCUUUUUUAUGCCAUUAUUUCUCUCAUAGGGGUUUUGUGGUGCUGGUCUGCUUAUGUACAUGUAUAUUAUAGUUGUUUACGUAACUGAUAUUGCACUGAGCAUGAACCAGCCCCGGUCUGUACCGGUGCUGUUGAAACUG